AUGGAUUUGGCCAUGUCUUCCAUGCUCCCGGAACGUCUCCAAUGCGUCUCGUCGUCCAGAUUGACCUUGACCAGACCAAAUCAAGUCCUGUCUAUCUUCGCACACCGCAUUUUCAAGGCCAGCGGCCCCGUUCAACAUCUUCAACUGCCUUCUAUGGGCAGGCUUGGAUGGUUGGAUGUGACCGCUUGCCACAGCACAAAAAGUGACAUUGGCAUUCCCACAGACAGGCCGCAUCUCAUCGGGGCGUGCCAGCAAGUGUGGUCUUGGAUGCCCUCGCUCUCGGUCGAUCGGCGCCAUCACCGCAGAAGACGCACGCAUGUCUUACUCGAGAAGCGAUAG